AUGCCAUUUAGCCCGGUUGCAACUACCUGAUUACACGCAUAUAAUAUCAUUUUUCUUUAUUUCAAUUCGUAGAGCAACAGAUUACCUGAUAACAAAAAAAGAAAAAGAAAAAGGAAGGGUUACCAACGAUGAUUCUCGCCGAAAAGAUCAUUUUGUCACUGUUUUUUGGUGGAGUUUUUAUGCUACUUCUGCAACUACUUGAUGCUUUGCUGUUAAAGCCGAAGAGGAGAAGAUUAAAGCUUCAAAAACAGGGAAUCAGAGGGCCUAUACCUUCUUUGAUGUGCGGAAACAUUGCUGAAUUGAAGAGAAUUCAACUUCAGAAGCGUCCGACUGGAGGGUCAGUUGAAGAAAACCAGUUUGGUGGAAGAAGCGUUGUAGAACAUGCCUGGACCUCCGCAGUCUUUCCACAUAUUGAGCAAUGGCGUAGAGAAUAUGGACCAACAUUCAUGUAUUCUACUGGGAACAUACAAAUACUUUGCAUUACAGAUCCGGGGAUGGUGAAGGAAAUAAGUCUUCGCACCUCUUUGAGUCUAGGGAAGCCUUCUUAUCUAUCAACAGAACGUGGCCCCCUGCUUGGACGAGGCAUAUUAUCAUCCAAUGGCCCUUAUUGGGAUAACCAAAGGAAGAUCAUUGCACCUGAAUUCUACCUUGAAAGAGUUAAGGGCUUUGUGACACUGAUGGCAGAAUCCACGUCGACAAUGUUAAAAACUUGGGAGAGUAAAGCUGAAAACUGGGGAGGAAAAGUAGAAAUCAGAGUCGAUGAAGAUUUGAGAAGUUUGUCAGCCGACAUUAUUUCAAGAUCUUGUUUUGGCAGCAACUAUGCCGAAGGGGAAAAAAUAUUUUCCAAGCUUCAAACUCUUCAAAUGGUCAUGUCAAGGGGAAAUAUUGGAAUUCCUGGAUUAAGGUACCUUCCAAAUCGUCAUAACAGAGAGAUUUGGAGAUUGGAGAAAGAGAUAGAUUCAACUAUACUUGAAUUAGUUGAAAGACGCAGUGGAGAUACCUGUGAUAAAGACCUUCUACAAUUGAUACUUAGUGCAGCCAAGAGUUACGGAGACAAUGGAAACUUACCAGCAGACAUUACUCCUAACAAGUUUAUUGUGGAUAACUGCAAGAACAUUUAUUUUGCUGGCCAUGAGACUACUGCAAUUUCGGCAUCAUGGUGCUUAAUGUUACUUGCAGCCCAUCCAGAAUGGCAAGCUCGUGCGCGUGCGGAGGUUCUUGAAAUUUGUGGCCUGAGACUUCCGGCUGCAGAUACCCUUCGAAGCUUGAAAACUGUAAGUCCAUAAUAGUUAAAAUAGCAACAUAGCUU